AAAAAAUAGGCGCCAUUGUAAGAUAAGCGUUAGUGUUGUUUAGACAGAUAUUUAUGAAGAAAUAAAUUUUUUCUUCUGCUUAUGUUUUUGAAUGCUUCAAGCAUUCUAGGUUAAUUGAGGUUACGUUUUAAUAACAAAAAUAUUGCAAUUAUGAAGAGGCCCAACUUUAAAGUCGGCGAUAAAAUCUUCGCCAAAGUUAAGGGGUAUCCAGUAUGGCCAGCACGCAUUGUCUCCGAAGCAGGAAAAAAGUUCAAUGUUUUAUUUUAUGGCACUGGUGAAACGGGUUGCAUUAGUAGUGACCAUUUAUUUUAUUACUUGAAAAAUAAGAAAAAGUUCCAGAAGCCAUUGAAAAGUAAAGACUACAUUGCUGCUUUUAAAGAAAUAGAAGAAGCUAUAGAAAAUGAUGGUGGAGAUGGAGAUGAAUCACCAAAUAAAAACGAUUCCCUAGCGGCUGAUGUCUCAUUAAACACUUCGACUGCCAACAAUAGCAUUAUAGAAAAACCCGAAAAGAAAACGGCAGCCAAAAGGAAGCGGCCCUCUGUAGCAGAUGAAGCUGCGGCAGCCGAAACGAGCACACCUAAAAAGAAAUCAUCUCGUAUUUCAAGUAGAAGUGAAGAACCUCAGAAGGUAGAAGAAGGGCAAGACGUAGUCGAACCAGAAACACCUUCUAAAAAACCGGAGGAACCUGAAAAAGUGAUUCCUAAAAAAACUCCAAAAACCAAAGCUAAGGAGGAAAAGAAAAAGGCAGAUAAGAAAGAAGUCGUACAAGAAGUAGAAGAGACGAAAACAACUGACGCCGGGACCAAGGAGGAGAUUCAAGCUGCAACUGAAAUGUUGGUAGAUGAUGAAAAAUCUGAAGAUAAAGACAAACUUAUAGAUAUAAUUGCCGAGCAGGUUCUAAGACAUAAUAUCCUUUAUGCAACCCAUGUAAAGAAGACAGAGUCUUAUUAUAAAGAAAGACCAGUAGAACCGCGAGACGACUCUCCUAAUCAAAUAUUACCGGUAACAACACCAUCCGGUAAUAUAGUAGGCAUCAGACUUCAUAUAAAAUGGCCGGUAGUAGUUAAAAAUGAAUUCGAACGAGCCAUUUACGAUGAAACAGUAGCAAAUAGAGUUUUAGGGACUAAGCAAAAAAUCGAAUCCGGAGAAAGUAAAAUCGACACCAAUGUUGAUUUGAUUAUUCUUAACAUCGGAAAGACAGAAGAAGAAAUUAAACAGAUAUUAUAUGCGAAGAAGCUUGAAGCGAAGAAAGCGAAAAUAGCCAUGCUCAAUUUGGAAGCUGAGUUACUUAAUCUUGAUGUUAAGAUUAAAAAUUGUCUAGGUUUGGAUAAGGCUGAUCCCAAGGAAGCAAUUGGGUAUUUAGAAGAUAUGUACAAACUUAAUUUUGAUGACAUCGUAUUAAAAAAGCAUCUCCAUAUCGUCGAAAUGGUAAGGAGGUUACGUAAAUAUGUCGGGAACACGAAAGAAUGGAAGAUGAAUGAUGAAACUUUGACUGAAUUUACUAAGCAGGCCGAGACUGUUAGGGAAAUGGCAGAGAAAGUUUAUGGAAAAUUUAAGCAAACUGUUAAAUUAAAUGAUAGUAGCACGAGCUUUUUUGAAGGAUUCGCCGAAUUAGUAACUCGAUUCAGAGCAGACUGUAAAGAAUUAGAACUUAGUGAAGCUGAUAUUUUCGGACUAAGUUCUGAACCAAAAUCUCGUGCUGCGUUUAUUAACAGACUGGAGGAGAACGAGAAGGAUAGUACUGAUGGCGCGAACGAUGCCGAAAAAGAAAAGGUAGUAAAUGGAAAUGCAGAGGAAGAACAAAAAAGUUAAAAGUUUCCCGAUGAAGAAGAUGUUGUAUAUAUAAUUUUGAGGUGCGAUUUUGUUCGUUUUAAGGCUUUUUUAUCAAAUUGAUAUCAGAAUUAUGUACAUACGGUUUUCCUUUUCUUACAUCAUUUAUUUAUAGAAUUUGACGUAUUUGAGAUAUAUUUUUAAUAAAUAGUAAUAC